UUCACAGAACUUUCCCAUCCUAUGAAGAACAUACAGGAACAGUGCUGGCAGCUUUUCAUUCACAACAUCAACACAGCUCUCUCAUCCAUAAAGCAUCAUGGCAUGCGAUGAUCACAUAAACUCGUGUGUAAAGCUUCUGCUGCUGUUGGUGGUGUUUUGCGCGGCUCGCGCCUCUGCUGACAGGACCAAAACACUCGACUUCGAUGUCAAACCAGGAGGAGUUGUGCAGACUUUCUCUGCUAAACUUAAAAAGUAUAAAUGCACCUUCACAUAUGCGUCUCAAGGAGGAACCAACGAGCAAUGGCAAAUGAGCGUUGGACUGAGUGAUGAUGAACAGAUGUUUUCCUGUUCAGUAUGGAGGCCCCAAGGAAAGUCCUACUUGUUUUUUACCCAGUUCAAAGCCGAGAUAAAAGGAGCCAAGAUUGAGUACGCCACCGCAUAUUCCCAGACGGCUGUGGGUGGACAGAGGGAUGUUGCUUUGAAGGAAGAGGAGUACAUUGUGUCAGAAUCUGCUGUGACCCACAGAGAUGGGAAAUUCCAUUCCGAGCUUUCCAAGCUCACUGUCAUUGGUCGAACACGCCACGAUGAACUCUGAUUGGCCAAUCCAAAAGAGGAUUGUCCCAUCAUGCAAGGACAUUGGUUAUUUGACAGCUAUGGACACUCUGCUACUUAACUGUUUACUGUCACAUAUCAAGCAAAGGAAAUCAAGGCACAGGAACUUCCUGUGAUAGAAAAUACUACAGAGAUUUCCUAUAGAGGCAGCAUUACACCAAUGGCCACGAACUGGACUGAUCAUCUAAUGAGGUAGACGAAAAGUCUAUUAUUGGGCAAAAAGGAAAAAAUGUACAUGCAGAUUUAUUCAUAUUUGUUGAGGUGUUAUGAAGGAUUCUUCAAAUUCAGUUCAGAGCAGUAGAUUGAUUUCUAUUCUUGGCAGCAUUUAUGGGUUUAGGGCUUCAGCCUGACUUUGAAUUCAUACCUGCAAAUCUGAUUAUCCAGAGCGCAUUUAUGCUCAUACUGUACUUACUUUCUUAAGCUGGUGUAAUGGCACGCUUGUAGAGAAUUCCCACAAAAUCUUUGGGGUAUGCCAGAAUCCUUUGAUUAUUUCUGUGGUGGAGGAAAAUACAGAAAAACAGUUACAUUUGCAAUCGUGCUUUUUUCUGAUAGAUGAUGUACUGGAAUUUUUUAAUAAAUCUGUUAUCAGAACA